GACUUGAUUAUAUAAUAAAAUAAAUACCAAUUCGAAUAAAUUCGGGCGUUAGGGUUUUUAGAUUGCGUCGGCUCCAUAGAAAUUUCUGGAUUCAAUCUCACAUUCUCCUGUCAAUUCUGUUCGCAGGGAAGGUCCUACUGCUACACAGGGGCCGAGCCACUCUUUUGCAUAAUUUCGGAGGUUCUAAUUUUCUGGAACAUAUUGACAUGUUAAUCAGGGGAAGUAAUAUGCAUCAAGUAAUUUGAAAAUAGAUGUUCUGGGACUGGGAGGAAUGGUAUUAUUUCUCAUACAAAGUUGUAGCAGUUGCAUUCUGCACAGGAGAAGAAUCAAAGAGAGGCCCUUCUGUUUAAGGGGCUAACAUGCCAUCUAAUUAUAUGUCAAAACUACGAGCACCAGUUCAGUUUCUAGGGUGGGAAGGCGGAUUAAAAAGUUCACUGGAACUGCUUCUUGGGCAUCAAAAACUGUUGUGUGGCAAUUCUAGUCUGUUUCACUCAGUACCUUAUUCCUCACUUACAGAGUUGCAUGCUUUCUUAAGACCUAGCACUAUUUCUGGAGCUAGUUCAGAGCUAGUUAAUCGUAAGAGGAAUAUCUCAGUUCUUGGAGCAGUUUCUCGCACAUUUUCUAUUCCUUCUGUGUCAGGCCCCGCUUUUCAGAUCUGUGGAUAUCACAUUGAUUGUGCCACUACUGAAUCCAAUCAAUAUUCAACUCACAGCAAGUUUCAAGAUAAACCAAUGGCUGCUUGUGGUUCUAGAGCUGCCACACUUGGUGAAUGUUCUCUUGAUAGUUUAAGUUUUAGGAAUGCGUACUUGUCUUCUUCAGCGAUGAGUGCUAGUAUUUUUUUUAACAAUAAAAGUGUUGAUUGCUGUCGAAAAGCCAGUAUGAGUUUGAAAAAUCAAGAGCAGCCUAGCAGUAACGUGAUAUAUGGAUACUUCACUUACAAUAUUGCAAAAAGGUUUUGCAGUAGUUAUCUGCAUGCUCAGUCGGGAGCAAGAGAUCUUCAUAGUUCACCAACUUCUCACUUUGCUGCUGGUACUGCCCCCAAUGUGUCAUUUGAUAAUUCUGCACGGGAGGAACAACUUUCCAACUCUACUGAUUCAUCUGAACAGAAGAUCCCGUCAGGCAAAUCCUUGAAACUAGUUUCUGGAUCAUGCUAUCUGCCCCACCCUGAUAAAGAAGAUACUGGUGGAGAGGACGCUCAUUUUAUCUGUGUGGAUGAACAUGCAAUAGGGGUGGCUGAUGGUGUGGGUGGUUGGGCAGAUCUUGGUGUAGAUGCUGGACUGUAUUCCCGAGAACUCAUGUCUAAUUCAGUUGGUGCAGUUCAAGAAGAGCCCAAGGGCUCAAUUGAUCCAGCUAGAGUAUUGGAGAAGGCUCACUCAAAAACUAAAGCCAAAGGUUCCUCCACUGCCUGUAUCAUAGCGCUUACUGAACAAGGUCUCCAUGCAAUCAAUUUAGGAGACAGUGGAUUUAUGGUGGUUAGAGACGGAUGCACUAUCUUUAGAUCUCCUGUGCAGCAGCAUGAUUUUAACUUCACCUUUCAACUGGAGAGUGGAAACAAUGGAGAUUUGCCCAGCUCUGGACAGGUUUUCUCCGUUCCUGUUGCUCCUGGAGAUGUCAUUAUUGCUGGCACUGAUGGGCUCUUCGAUAACUUAUACAACAACGAGAUCACCGCAGUGGUGGUUCAUGCCAUGAGAGCAGGCUUAGGCUCUCAGGUGACUGCCCAGAAGAUAGCUGCUCUCGCACGCCAGCGAGCUCAAGACAAAGACCGGCAAACACCUUUCUCCACUGCUGCUCAAGAUGCUGGGUUCCGAUAUUAUGGUGGCAAGCUUGACGACAUCACCGUCGUCGUGUCGUAUGUUACCAGCUCUAACGAUCCGUGAGUGCCUCGAAUAUCUUCUCCCAUAUUUGCCUCAGCACGCUUCUGUAUAUAAUCUUUUUCGCAUUAUUAUUAGUAAUGCUUGUUGUAUCUAAGCAUUCCAUUGAACUAUCUCAACUCUUGUCAUGUUAAAGAGUGGACGAUGACCCCUUUUGUAUGUGAAAAAAUCAGAGGCGCGAGCCAUCCCCAAGUUUGAAUGGUUGUAUCUUUUUUUUCUACUUCCAUCUGAAACCUUUUGUGCUCAUCUGAUGCCGUAUUUGAACAAGAGACAAAAGUUCAAGGUUUA